CGUAAACCGCCCCUGCAAGGCGUCAGCGUGAACCCCGCGCACCCUUCAGAACCGAAGCCGGGAGCUAAAAUGGCGGCUGCCGACGGAGAUGACUCCCUUUACCCUAUUGCUGUGCUGAUCGAUGAGCUUCGGAACGAAGACGUUCAGCUUCGUCUGAACAGCAUCAAGAAGCUGUCUACCAUAGCACUGGCUUUGGGCGUUGAGCGGACACGCAGUGAACUCUUGCCUUUUCUCACAGAUACUAUUUACGAUGAAGAUGAAGUUUUGCUCGCUCUGGCAGAACAGCUGGGGACUUUCACAGCUCUGGUUGGGGGCCCUGAAUAUGUCCACUGCUUGCUGCCUCCACUUGAGAGCCUUGCUACAGUUGAGGAGACGGUCGUGCGGGACAAGGCAGUGGAGUCCCUCCGAGCGAUCUCCCACGAACAUUCUCCAUCGGAUCUCGAGGCCCACUUUGUGCCUCUGGUGAAGCGCCUGGCUGGUGGUGACUGGUUCACUUCCCGCACUUCCGCUUGUGGCCUCUUCAGCGUCUGUUACCCCAGAGUUUCCAGUUCGGUCAAAGCUGAGCUUCGGCAGUACUUCCGUAACUUAUGCUCAGAUGAUACUCCAAUGGUGAGGCGAGCCGCAGCCUCCAAGCUGGGUGAAUUUGCCAAGGUCUUGGAACUGGAACAUGUCAAGAGUGAGAUCAUCCCCAUGUUCUCCAACCUAGCUUCUGAUGAGCAGGACUCUGUGCGCUUGUUGGCUGUGGAGGCAUGUGUUAACAUUGCUCAGCUGCUGCCACAGGAAGACCUGGAAUCUUUGGUCAUGCCCACACUACGGCAAGCAGCGGAGGACAAAUCUUGGCGUGUCCGUUAUAUGGUGGCUGAUAAGUUCACAGAGCUCCAAAAAGCUGUUGGGCCAGAAAUCACGAAGACUGACUUAGUGCCGGCGUUCCAGAACCUCAUGAAAGACUGCGAAGCUGAAGUCCGGGCUGCUGCCUCCCACAAAGUCAAAGAAUUCUGUGAGAACCUGUCUCCUGAUUGCCGUGAAAAUGUCAUCAUGACUCAGAUCUUGCCCUGCAUCAAGGAACUGGUGUCAGAUGCCAACCAACAUGUCAAAUCAGCCUUGGCGUCAGUGAUCAUGGGUCUGUCUCCCAUUUUGGGCAAGGACAACACAAUUGAGCACCUUCUCCCUCUCUUCCUCGCUCAGCUCAAAGAUGAAUGCCCCGAAGUACGUCUCAACAUAAUCUCCAACCUGGACUGUGUGAAUGAAGUGAUUGGCAUCCGGCAGCUGUCCCAGUCCCUUCUGCCAGCCAUUGUGGAGCUGGCAGAGGAUGCGAAGUGGCGUGUGCGGUUGGCCAUCAUUGAGUACAUGCCCCUGUUGGCUGGGCAGCUGGGGGUAGAAUUCUUUGAUGAGAAGCUGAACUCCCUUUGCAUGGCAUGGCUGGUGGAUCACGUCUAUGCCAUCCGAGAGGCGGCGACUAGUAACCUCAAGAAGCUAGUGGAGAAGUUUGGCAAAGACUGGGCUCAUGCCACAAUCAUCCCAAAGGUGCUGGCCAUGUCCAACGACCCCAACUACUUACACCGCAUGACCACGCUUUUCUGCAUCAACGUGCUGUCGGAAGUGUGUGGACAGGAAAUCACUACCAAGCACAUGCUUCCCACCGUGUUGCGAAUGGCAGGGGAUGCGGUAGCCAAUGUCCGCUUCAAUGUGGCUAAAUCUCUUCAGAAAAUUGGACCAAUCCUGGACAACAGCACUCUUCAGAAUGAAGUAAAGCCGGUGCUGGAGAAACUAACACAGGAUCCAGAUGUGGAUGUCAAAUACUUUGCUCAGGAGGCACUGACUGUAUUGGCGCUGGCUUGAGCCUUAGGAUCUGGCUUCGUUGUCUCUACAGCUUGGAUGCCGUUGGACCGAUCCUUCCUCCCCGCUUUCCCUGCAUGUGUAUUGCCGGCCAUACUUGCCAUCGGAUCCACAAGGUGGUAUCAGCCAGCAUCUGAGUCUUGUCCCCUCUCCCCCCCAAGUUCAUCUUCUCCUACUCUUUAGCUCCAUGUUCCCCAAACCUUCUUGGGCAGCUGUAAUGUUCUCUUCCUUUUCCAUCUUAGACAAAUUCAUUUUUUUAAAACCUUGUUUCAUCAUCAGGAGACAACAAAUGGGUAACCCCCAGUGCAGGCUUGCAGGAGAGGCAGAGCAGCCCCUUAGUACUUCAUUUGGCAUGAUAAACAUGACCUGGGCGCAGGGCAAAAUGUGGCCUUGGCCUCCGUUUGGUCAUUGUUUGCAUGAGAAUAUCCCCAGGGUACUGUUUGUAGCUGAGCAUGUAGGAUCUUUAUGCCUUGCCUCUUUAUCCUUGCUUACUUGGCAGCCAGACUACUUUUGCUACUCUCAUAUUCCAAAUAUGAAGUUCUGUUUUUUUUUCCCUUCAUUCAGCUUCAUAGCUCAAGUUGCGGAAUAUUUGAUUCAAAAUGAGAUGGUUGCCAGGGAAGCUGAACCCAAUUUUAAUCCUAUCCUGAUUAGAUUUGUUGAAAAGAAUGGGAUUUAUUGGUCACUUCAUAUAUGAAUCCCAUUUAUUCCAAGGGGGUCUACAUGAGAUGAGGCUAAAAUGAGAUUUAGUCCUCGGUUAAGAAAAGUUCUCCUUGGCUUAAAAUGGAGUGCAGAGCUCCCUCCGCAGUGUUCCUAUGAAAGAUGGAAAGAGCUGUAAUAAAAGAGCUUCUGUUAAAAUCUGCCUGUUGAUUAAAUUUGCAACUGACAAUUUUCUCUUGUCUGGGUAUAUGAGCCUGUCUUAGCUAGAGGAAGGGAGGUGUUGGAAUCGCAUCUGUAGUUAGGGCAAGAGACAGCAGCUAUUACAGAACACGGUGCUCAAGAUGGUGGUUAUGAAGCUGUUAGGUAUUGAAUUGCCUAAGUUCUGGAGUACUAUCUCUGAACAAAAAUCAGCCACCGAUUCCCCUGCCUUAAGCCAGCUUCCAGGCUAGGCCCUUUGUAAUGGAGAGGCACAUUUCAAGGGCAGCUGGGAAGGAUGGGAGGAAUGAAGGGGAUGUCAGAUUGCCAGAUCCUGAGAGGUGGCGAUCAAGUGAAUUUCUCCAGUGGCAUUUGGGCUUAUCUAGUGGUGUGUAAACUUAUCAGAAUUCCCAUUCCUAUCAUGUGACCACAGAAAAUAGGAUAACUUCUCUUUUCCCAUUUUCAAACUUUGUCCAGUUAUCUCCGAAAUGAUCCGUUUCCUGCUGCCACCUCUGUGGCUGUCUUGCACUGGACGAGUGAAGCAAGUAUGUGUGUGCGCGCACGUGCGUGCUAACCACACACUUCCUAACAAAUACACCCGCACAAUGUUAGUGGCAUGUCAUUUUUUUAAUUGUUGAUUUGUGUGUGUACACUUGUUUUGUUUUUUCCUGUCUCUGAUUAAUAAAAUGCUCAAUCAUUA